AUGAAGGAAAGGAGACUUACCCAGCCUCUGGUGGCGAGAUGUAAACUGGUUUUGGUUGGGGAUGUUCAAUGCGGAAAAACGGCAAUGUUGCAAGUCCUGGCCAAGGAUUCCUAUCCUGAGGUAUGCAAUUUCUACACCUGGCACAUUUGACUGGAUUAUAACACCCAUAUCCUAAAUGCAUUCUGGAAUAGGUUACAUACAUAGGCUAUAAAGAGAUGAUAAUAGCCAUAGAAAUGUCAUUCUAAUUCUAUGAUAACAAAUAGAAGUUUAAUAUUGCAUUGUUUUCGGGGCGUGUGAUGAAAGAUAGACUAAAGUAAACUGGAAAGGAAAGUCAGUACAAUUCCUCUGAGAACUUGAAUGUUGAGAUUCAUUUCAAAUGGAGUGCUUUCAUUAUUCACGAUUCAUUCAUGAUUAUUCUUAAUAAUGGUAGCAUCCACAUUAAUGUAGAAGUGUUCAGAAACAUAUUCUAUUCUUAUUUACAGUAAAAGUGACUCCAAAAUGACACAAUACAUUAUGUAAUUACCAUUCAUUUCAGUUAGGAACAACAUAAUCUGAAACACAACCAAAACAAACUGCAAAUGCAUCCAACAAGUUUGUAGAGUCACACGCUUCAUGUAGUGCUAGGCAUAUGGGACCAAAUACUACACUUUAGACUACUUUAAUACACAUAGAAAUGAAUUGGUCCAAAUACAAUGAGCGGACUAGAUGUAUAAAGUGCUUUCCUUUCUAAAUGGUAAAACUGUUCAGAUGCCUUAUUUGGUCAGACAGACAGCACAGUAGCCUCAAACUAGGAUGAUCAUUAUAUGUAAAUCUAAUACAGCUAAUGAUUACUGGGGUCACUAUUUCACAAUGACUGACUGUAUUAUAAUACAUAGCUAAUGAACCCGUUCCUUUCCUUAUCCACAGACAUAUGUUCCAACAGUAUUUGAGAACUAUACAGCAUGUCUGGAGCUGGAGGACCAGCGAGUGGAGCUCAGUCUCUGGGACACAUCAGGUGAGCGUUACACUCUGCACUCCCCAUGCAUACAUCCAGUAUACCUUAUAGUUAUUUAAGCAGCUAUUUAAGCAUAUCCAGGUAUAAGCCUUUAUAAUGUCUUAUAACAAAGGUUAUAUAAUAUGUCAUGUCUCUCUAUACAAGGUGCUCUACCUGUAGAUAUAGUGGAAAAGAUUUAUAAUGCGUGAAAUGAAAUUCCUUUCUCUCUUGACCAACCAAGAGUCCAAAGGCAUGCCAUUUGAAAUUUGACUUAACAUUCAAGUUUUCAGAGUAAUUGUACUGUAAAACCUGACUCGCAUUUGCUUUCCAGUUGACCAUUUCCUUACCCACCCGCCCGGAAAACAAUGCAAUCAGAGAUUUUGCGUAAACAACAGUAGGCUAACUAAAGGCCCAUUGACCAUUGUCUCACUGUCUUAUUUAGCAUCAUAGUGUAUACUGUAUGGUUAGUUGUUUAUUAUUGUUUUCCUUUAAGAUAGCGAUCUGUUGAAUCUUUUAUACAGUACUGUUGUCCUGCUGCUUAUCACAGGUAGUGCUGUGGUAGGCUACUGAGGUCUGAUAAGUUAGAGUGGAGGAAGGCCUUUUUCUCAGACAGAGGUGACACAACAUUUGAAUGCAAAUGACCAUUUGUGUGCUUGUUCUCUGUUUCGGUCUCCUCUCCCUUUGAUUUAUGUUUAGAAGGCAUAGAAUGAUGUAGGGCUAAUUCAUUUGACACUACAGUGAUCUCAUUCUCAGGAGACAUAGAUAUCCCCCUCUCCCCAUCUACCCCCUUACUAGAGGAAUGUCUAAUAACUUAUCAGCUCUACAUCAAAAUAUGACAGCUAUAGCGCGCGAUUACACACACACACACACACACACACACACACACACACAGUGUUGUGGUGACCUACUGACACGGUAGGACCCUUCUACAUCUUGAAACUAGUAAACAUAAUCAACAGAACACAACCAGUUACAUGUGGUUGGGCUGCUAUGAUUAACCUCUAUCAUGGGGCUUUCUGAUUGGGCUCCAGGGAGUUCCUUUGGGGCAGUUGGCCUGCAGAGGGGUGGUUUCAUGGCCAGGGGGUUGCCUAUGCAUGAGUGGUGGGAAGCGUGUGUGUGUGUGUGUGUGUGUGUGUGUGUGUGUGUGUGUGUGUGUGUGUGUGUGUGUGUGUGUGUGUGUGUGUGUGUGUGUGUGUGUGUGCGCGUGUGUGCAUGUUUCAGAGAAUAGAAGGCACAUAUGAGAGAGAGCUAAAUAUAUCCCUGACCUCCCCUCAAAGCCUCAACCUACUGGGCACACAUUGUUUGAAUCAAUGUUGUUUCCACAUCAUUUCAAUGAAAUUAUAUUGAACCAAUUAGAAAUAGACGUUGAAUUGACGUCUGUGCCCAGUGGGAAGAGUUAUAUACGGGCCAAAAAGCCGUAUAUAACAGAAAACACCACAGGAUUUAUUUCUGUCGCUUUGUCUGUUUAUCUUCAAAAGAGAUGGACCAAGCUGGACGCUCGUCCACUCCAUAGUGAAAGUCCUAUUACAUAAUGACCAUUUAUAUUUUCCCACCUUGUUUUAAAGCUCUACCCAGCUCUUCCCACCUUAAAUUUUUCCACAAAAGAGUCUAGUCGCUUCUAUCUAUCUGAGCUCUGUAUCUAUCUCUAACAUCCUAUCCUGGCAGUGCUCUUGUCGUUCAUGGCCAUAUCAUGGUUUUCUCUGAUUGUCCUAUCAAUAAAGUUGGUGAUUAUACAUAUAUCGCUAUUAUCAUGUUUACUGAUGGUCUGUGGGGAGAGAGAGAGAAGGCCUUGCUGUUGAUGAUAAAUCCAUGAACGGCCAUAUAAUUAUUUUCUCUGCGAUUGCUCUUAUUCUCAUGUUUUGUCUUUAUUUUCCUUGGCUGAGGGUUUGUGAAGAGAGGCAGAGGUUCCCUUAGGGUCAGGCUGCUGUCUGUGCUUUUCUGUGGAGUGGGCUGUGUUGUUUUGUGUUGUGUUGUGUAACAGCGUUGCUGUGCCUAACAAUUCCCCCUGCCGCUCCUCUCUGAGUUCAUUAUCAAGCUCUGCGGCUGCCUGUUCUCACCGUCUCUCUCACAGUGAUCAGACUCAAAGUGAGAUGCUCCUUUAGUUCACUUUUCCUCUGCCUCUCCAGCCUCCUACAACAAGCAAACAGUUUAUCAUUAGGUUUUAGAGUCCUCCUUCUCCCAGUUUUGUGUGAGUGGGAGGUGUAUCCAGGGAAGGGAGGUGUGUGUGGGAGGUGUAUCCAGGGAAGGGAGGUGUGUGUGGCUGGUGUAUCCAGGGAAGGGAGGUGUUUGUGGGAGGUGUAUCCAGGGAAGGGAGGUGUUUGUGGGUGGUGUAUCCAGGGAAGGGAGGUGUUUGUGGGAGGUGUAUCCAGGGAAGGGAGGUGUUUGUGGGAGGUGUAUCCAGGGAAGGGAGGUGUGUGUGGGAGGUGUAUCCAGGGAAGGGAGGUGUGUGUGGGAGGUGUAUCCAGGGAAGGGAGGUGUUUGUGGGAGGUGUAUCCAGUGAAGGGAGGUGUGUGUGGGAGGUGUAUCCAGGGAAGGGAGGUGUGUGUGGGAGGUGUAUCCAGGGAAGGGAGGUGUGUGUGGGAGGUGUAUCCAGGAAAGGGAGGUGAGUGUGGGAGGUGUAUCCAGGGAAGGGUGGUAUGUGUGUGUGAGGUGUAUCCAGGGAAGGGAGGUGUGUGUGGGGGAUGUAUCAGGGCUUGUAUCCUCUCUCAGCUCCAGGGCUCAGAGCCAUCAUCAUGUCUGUUUCCCCAGCAUUGCAUCACUCUAGGCUCCUCUCUGCCAAUGCCGGCAUUGUCUCCUACGGGAAAAACAAGUCCAAUCGCUACCAUUCAGUUGCCUCAUCUCUUGCCUUUACACACUGUUUAUACAGUCGUUCCCUGUGAAUGUCAGACAAUUGUCUCCCUCACAAGAGAAUGUUUGUUAGGUUUUUAAUAAUGGAUUGGAUCUGACAACAGUGUCACGCCUACAGUAGCAGGAGGGAAUCCUAUAUCAUCCAAAUGCAUUUCACACUACCCAUAGAGGCAUAAGUAGGUCAUACAUCCACAGAUGAAGCUUUUCUUAAUUCAUUAUUACCUGGUUUAGUUCAUGUUUAAUACGUUUCCGGAGUAGGUUGAGAAGCAGGGAGAGGAAAUUGAAUCUGUUGCUGGUGUGGUAAGUGAUGACGGAACACAACAGAGGACGGACAUUCAGUCAGCGUCUAUUUUUAGCACAGGGACCUCCCUUUACAACACUAACAUACUAACAUACUUUUACACUUUGAUGCAUAGGCCCGCAAGCAUAUACGCACACACACAACGCGCACACACAGAUUUUCUUAGCAAUUGUCUUCAAUUUAUAACAUAAGAAUCAUUUACUUUUUAGUUUAGGUGUCGACAUUGUACAUACAUACACUAUGUGUUAUGCAUCAUGUUAGUGUGUUGCAUCAUAUACAGUUGAAGUCGGAAGUUUACAUAUACACUUAGGUUGGAGUCAUUAAAACUCAUUUUUCAACCACUCCACAAAUUUCUUGUUAACAAACUAUAGUUUUGACAAGUCGGUUAGGACAUCUACUUUGUGCAUGACACAAGUAAUUUUUCCAACAAUUGUUUACAGACAGAUUAUUUCACUUAUAAUUCACUGUAUCACAAUUCCAGUGGGUCAAAAGUUUCCAUACACUAAGUUGACUGUGCCUUUAAAAAGUUUGGCAAAUUCCAGAAAAUGAUGUCAUGGCUUUAGAAGCUUCUGAUAGGCUAAUUGACAUCAUUUGAGUCAAUUGGAGGUGUACCUGUGGAUGUAUUUCAAGGCCUACCUUCAAACUCAGUGCCUCUUUGCUUGACAUCAUGGGAAAAUGAAAAGAAAUCAGCCAAGACCUCAAAAAAAAAAUUGUAGACCUCCACAAGUCUGGUUCAUCCUUGGGAGCAAUUUCCAAACGCCUGAAGGUACCACGUUGAUCUGUACAAACAAUAGUACGCAAGUAUAAACACCAUGGGACCACGCAGCCGUCAUACCGCUCAGGAAGGAGACGCGUUCUGUCUCCUAGAGAUGAACGUACUUUGGUGCGAAAAGUGCAAAUCAAUCCCAGAACAACAGCAAAGGACCUUGUGAAGAUGCUGGAGGAAACAGGUACAAAAGUAUCUAUAUCCACAGUAAAACAAGUCCUAUAUCGACAUAACCUGAAUGGCCGCUCAGCAAGGAAGAAGCCACUGCUCCAAAACCGCCAUAAAAAAGCCAGACUACGGUUUGCAACUGCACAUGGGGACAAAGAUCAUAAUUUUUGGAGAAAUGUCCUCUGGUCUAAUGAAACAAAAAUAAAACUGUUUGGCCAUAAUGACCAUUGUUAUGUUUGGAGGAAAAAGGGGGUUGCUUGCAAGCCGAAGAACACCAUCCCAACCGUGAAGCACGGGGGUGGCAGCAUCAUGCUGUGGGGGUGCUUUGCUGCAGGAGGGACUGGUGCGCUUCACAAAAUAGAUGGCAUCAUGAGGAAGGAAAAUGAUGUGGAUAUAUUGAAGCAACAUCUCAAGACAUCAGUCAGGAAGUUAAAGCUUAGUCGCAAAUGGGUCUUCCAAAUGGACAAUGACCCCAAGCAUACUUCCAAAGUUGUGGCAAAAUGGCUUAAGGACAACAAAGUCAAGGUAUUGGAGUGGCUAUCACAAAGCCCUGACCUCAAUCCUAUAGAAAAUGUGUGGGCAGAACUGAAAAAGCGUUUGCGAGCAAGGAGGCCUACAGACCUGACUCAGUAACACCAGCUCUGUCAGGAUGAAUGGGCCAAAAUUCACCCAACUUAUUGUGGGAAGCUUGUGGAAGGCUACCCCAACAAUUUAAAGGCAAUGCUACCAAAUACUAAUUGAGUGUAUGUAAACUUCUGACCCACUGGGAAUGUGAUGAAAGAAAUAAAAGCUGAAAGAAAUCAUUCUCUCUACUAUUAUUCUGACAUUUCACAUUCUUAAAAUAAAGUAGUGGUCCUAACUGACCUAAGACAGGGACUUUUUACUAGGAUUAAAUGUCAGGAAUUGUGAAAAACUGAGUUUAAAUGUAUUUGGCUAAGGUGUAUGUAAACUUCUGACUUCAACUGUAGAACACACUCUAAACACAACAAUCUAUGAAAGAGUCUCCCCUGAUACAGAGAUCUUUGUUUUCUUCUAUCUCAUUUCAAGUGGGAUUUCUGCACAAACAGGAGUCCAAUAUAAACCCUUUGGGUAACGCAGGAGUGUGAUAGGGAUAGAGUUAUUGUGUACUGUGGCUCUCUCUUACUCUUUCUGUGUUCGUGUGUGUGUGUUUGUCUGUUUGUGUGUUAAUUUGAUUUAUUGGAGAGUUAUUCUACUGAGUGGGAAGGCGUGGGGCUUUAGUGAAAUUAUUUACUGUAGAUCGGAGGGUGAGGGAGGAAGAAAAUUGGAGCGUGUGUGUGUGUGCGGAGAAUGGUUCGGGUACAGGGGGGGUAUAAUAGAGUGUUGGAUUCAAGCAUUGUCUACCAAGGCUGUUGCCGUAGUUACCAGGGGGGAGUGGGUGGUGUCCUGUGCUGUGUGGGGGACAGACUUGUGCUAACAGUCUGAGAGCAGUGCUCAAGCAUCUUUGUCUGGCAGCACCCAGCAGCCAACCUUAGCCUAUAGCAUCCAUGCACACAGCCCUGGCCUUUACUAUAGCAUUCAAGCACCCAACCCUACAAUACACCAAGCACCUAACACUCCUCGUUCUUGGUCUUUAGUAGGGAUGGGAAUUGCCAGGGACCUCACAAUACGAUAUUAUCACCAUACUUAGGUGCCGGAUACAAUACGUAUCCGGCACCUAAGAAUAAGAGCACCUCCUCCCAGCUGCCCACUGCACUGAGGCUAGGAAACACUGUCACCACCGAUAAAUCUACGAUAAUCGAGAAUUUCAGUAAGCAUUUUGCUACGGCUGGCCAUGCUUUCCACCUGGCUACCCCUACCCCGGCCACCAGCUCUGCCCCCCCCCCCGCUGCAACUUGUCCAUGCCCUGGGCUAGACAAUCUGACCCUUUCUUUCUAAAAUUAGUUGCCAAAAUUGUAGCAACCCCUAUUACUAGCCUGUUCAACCUCUUUCGUAUCAUCUGAGAUCCCCAGAGAUUGGAAAGCUGCCGCGGUCAUCCCCCUCUUCAAAGGGGGUGACACUCUAGAUCCAAACUGUUACAGACCUAUAUCCAUCCUGCCAUGCCUUUCAAAAGUAUUUGAAAGCCAAGUUAACAAACAGAUCACCGUCCAUUUCGAAUCCCACCGUACCUUCUCCGCUAUGCAAUCUGGUUUCUGAGCUGGUCAUGGGUGCACCUCAGCCACGCUAAAGGUCCUAAACGAUAUUAUAACCGCGAUCGAUAAAAGACAGUAUUGUGCAGCCGUCUUCAUCGACCUGGCCAAGGCUUUCGACUCUGUCAAUCACCGCAUUCUUAUUAGCAGACUAAAUAGCCUUGGUUUCGCAAAUGACUGCCUCACCUGGUUCACCAACUACUUCUCAGAUAGAGUUCAAUGUGUCAAAUCGGAGGGCCUGUUGUCUGGACCUCUGGCAGUCUCUAUGGGGGUGCCACAGGGUUCAAUUCUCGGGCCGACUCUAUUCUCUGUGUAUAUCAAUGAUGUCACUCUUGCUGCUGGUGACUCUCAGAUCCACCUCUACGCAUUUUGUAUACAUCUGGCCCUUCAUUGGACACUGUGUUAACAAACCUCCAAAUGAGCUUCAAUGCCAUACAACACUCCUUCCGUAGCCUCCAACUGCUCUUAAACGCUAGUAAAACUAAAUGCAUGCUCUUAGAUUUUAGAUUUUAGUCAUUUAGCAGACGCUCUUAUCCAUACAUUUUAUUUAUAUUUAUAUUUUAUUUUUUUAUCAAACGCUGCUUGCACCCGCUGCUUGCACCCGCUGCUUGCACCCGCUGCUUGCACCCGCCUGCCCGACUAGAAUCACUACUCUCGGCGGGUCUGACUUAGAAUAUGUGGACAACUACAAAUACCUAGGUGUCUGGUUAGACCGUAAACUCUCCUUCCAGACUCACAUUAAGCAUCUCCAAUCCAAAGUUAAAUCUAGAAUCGGCUUCCUAUUUCGCAACAACGCCUCCUUCACUCAUGCUGCCAAACAUGCCCUCGUAAAACUGACUAUCCUACCGAUCCUUGACUUCGUCGAUGUCAUUUACAAAAUAGCCUCCAACACUCUACUCAGCAAAUUGGAUGUAGUCUAUCACAGUGCCAUCCGUUUUGUCACCAAAGCCCCAUAUACUACCCACCAUUUGCCUAGCAGUGAUUUAUAGAUGACCGGUACGCUCUCGUUGGCUGGCCCUCACUACAUAUUCGUCGCCAAACCCACUGGCUCCAGGUCAUCUAUAAAUCACUGCUAGGCAAAUCCCUGCCUUAUCUUAGCUCAUUGGUCACCAUAGCAACACCCACCCGUAGUAUGCGCUCCAGCAGGUAUAUCUCACUGGUCAUCCCCAAAGCCAACACCUCCUUUGGCCGCCAUUCCUUCCAGUUCUCUGCUGCUAAUGACUGGAACGAACUGCAAAAAUCUCUGAAGCUGGAGACUCUUAUCUCCCUCACUAACUUUAAGCAUCAGUUGUCAGAGCAGCUUACCGAUCACUGCACCUGUACACAGCCCAUCUGUAAUUAGCCCACCCAACUACUUCAUCCCCAUAUUGUUAUUUAUUUUGCUAAUUUGCACCCCAGUGUCUCUAUUUGCACAUCUUCUUCUGCACAUCUAUCACUCCAGUGUUAAUACUAAAUUGAAAUUAUUUUGCAUUAUGGCCUAUUUAUUGCCUUACCUCCAUAACUUACUACAUUUGCACACACUGUAUAUAGAUUUUCUAUUGUGUUAUUGACUGUAUGUUUUGUUUUAUCCCAUGUGUAACUCUGUGUUGUUGUUGUUUUUAUCGCACUGCUUUGCUUUAUCUUGGCCAGGUCGCAGUUGUAAAUGAGAACUUGUUCUCAACUGGCUUACCUGGUUAAAUAAAGGUGAAAUAAAAUAAAUAAAAAACGUAUUGUGAUUGUCACGAUUCUAUAUGUAUUGCUAUUCGAUACUGUGAUUUUAUUGCGAUUCGAUGUUCCAAACACAUUGCUCAUCAUAUGUCUGCUGCAGAGGGACAAGAGAGCCAUGAGAAAACAAGUUUUGAUCAGUCACGGAAAGUGCUGAAAACAAAUUGGCUCUCUUGUUUUGGUACAGGUACAACAAACUAGCGUAAAAAUAAUAUUGCAAUAUUGUAAAAACAAUACGAUAUUUCGUCAAAAAUAAUAUCCCAAUAACUGUAUCUUUCUUCUCCCAUCACUAGUCUUUAUACUGUUCUGGUACAAAUCAUUCUUAUUGCAACUAAUGGAGUCUCAUUCAUUUGGUACUGUCCUAUUGAAAACCCUGUGACUGACCCCAGCCGAUCUGUUUGACCCUACAGGCUCUCCAUACUACGAUAAUGUCAGACCCCUGUGCUACAGCGACUCAGACGCUGUGCUCCUCUGUUUCGACAUCAGCCGCCCAGACUCAUUUGACGGUGCACUGAAAAAGGUAAGGACCUUGUCAUUGUGAUCAUCAUCAUCAUCAACAUCAUUGCUGUUGUCAAUUUCUUCUUCCUCCUCAUCCUUGUCAUCAUCACAAUCAUCAUGAUCAUUCUCUCUGUGCACCAUGCACAUUACAGCUGGGGUUAUGAUACAUUAUAACAACCUUAUGACAGUCAUAUGUCCUUUUCGUUGCAGUGGAAGACAGAGAUCCUGGAUUUCUGCCCCAGCACACGCAUCCUCCUGAUAGGCUGUAAAACAGACCUGCGCACGGACGUGUGCACGCUUAUGGAGCUGUCAAAUCAGAAGCAGACACCCAUCUCACAUGAGCAAGUGAGUCUGUCUCUCUCUUUCUCUUUCUCUUUCUCUUUCUCUUUCUCUUUCUCUUUCUCUCUCUCUCUCUCUCUCUCUCUCUCUCUCUCUCUCUCUCUCUCUCUCUCUCGCUCUCGCUCUCGCUCUCGCUCUCUCUCUCCAUCUCACUCCUGUUCUUCCCCAUCGUGUUGCAGGGGUCCUCCAUGGCCAAGCAGCUAGGUGCGGAGUCCUACCUGGAGUGUUCAGCUUUCACCUCAGAGAAGAGCAUCCACAGUGUGUUCCGUACUGCAGCCCUGGCCUGCAUCAACAAGCUGCAGCCCUCCACCAAGCCCAGCCCCGCCCGCCGCCUCUCAAAGAGACUCCUCUUUCUGCCCGGCAAGUCUGACCUCCUCUCCUCCACCUUCGGCAAGGAUAAGGCCAAGGGCUGCUCCAUC